GUAAAAUUGAACAAAACGUGAGCAAAAUGAAGUUGAUGUCUUUCUCCACGAAUUGAUGAAUUCAAAAAACCGGCCACCGAAAAUUCGCUAUUUCUAGUGAUAUUUUCAGCUAUCAAGAUUGAAUAUAUGUGAAUUCGGUUAAACCAUCAACAUGGUUAGCAACGCAGUCGUAACGAUAAAAACUCGUAAAUACAUGACCAACAAGCUGUUAUGUCGUAAGCAAAUGAUCGUUGAUGUCUUACAUCCCGGUAAAGCUUCAGUAAAGAAGACCGAAAUCCGCGAAAAGAUCGCUAAAAUGUUCAAGGUAUUCCCUGACGUAGUUUUCGUAUUCGGAUUCAAUACGUGUUUCGGAGGUGGCAAAUCCACUGGUUUUGGUUUAAUUUACGAUAGCUUAGACCAAGCUAAGAAAUUCGAACCUAAAUAUAGAUUACAACGUCAUGGAUUAUACGAAAAGAAACAACAGACUAGGAAACAACGUAAAGAAAAGAAGAACAGAAUGAAGAAAGUCAGAGGCACUAAAAAAUAUAAGAUGGGUGCGGCUGCUGCUAAGAAGUAAUGAAGAUGCUGAUUCGUUCUGUGACGUCGAUGCCGACUUUUUAUGUUAUGUCUUUGUAAAUAAACUUACAAAAAAUAUUCGAGUGAAGUUUUUAAUAAAACGUAUUCGUUUGGAA